AUGGCUGCCUCAGUCCUUCAUAUGAUGAUGGCCUUAGGGCUGCUAACUUUGAUUCUUCCCUGUCAUGCUGGUGAUGAGCCAUCCAAUUCUGGUGAAAAUUCAGACAAGGAUCUCCCAUCAGUCUUAAACUUCCUAGGCACUGGGAUCAUUGAUUCUGCAGUGGACUAUGUUCUCAACUCAAUAUUCCGGAAAUCGUAA